AUGGAAAUUCUGAAAGUGCUCCAGACGCGGGACAAAAAGUACCGAACAAAAGUGUCCGACUUCCGCGGUUUCUCGCAGAAUCAGCGCAAAAUCCAAGACGAGCUAGAAUGGCUCGCCCUUACGACAACCGACCAUCGAGACGAUACCGUUUUACUUAUCGACGCGGAAAGUACGAUGUCGCGGGAGCAGGCAAUGUCUGUCAAAAAGUUUGACAAUGGCCUCCGCGAGCUUUGCGUUCACACCGUCGACAUGCAGAUUGUGAUAGAGCCGCGCAUUGCCCUCGAUAACAACGAAGUGGUGCAGAUCUUGCGCGAGCGAAAUCCCUUCGUCAAUUUCGUCACGGCCGCGAAAAUGCCCAUCAACCCUCAGCCAAAAGGCGAGAUUAACGAAUUCCAGCGACUCCGGUUAGAAUCAGUCGGCGUCGAUUAUACCGAAGUCGAGGAGAAUUACAAAAUGCUGGCCGAGCUUCUCAUUGAUCUCAAACUGCCAGACAUGGAGCGGGUCAGUUUUUUGAACAAAAAUGGACUCAGCAUUGAUCACGUGAAACACUCGAUGAACCAGUUCAAGCAGCUUCAACUUGGCAAGAAUAUUCCAAUGGAAAGAAAUGAUAUUCUUGGAAUCAACGAAUCAAUGUCCCUGCCGCUUCGUCUAUCAGACAUGCUCAUGUACCGAUUCAUCCUGGAAAACUGCGACGAAAGCGAAUUCGACUUUCUCGAACGAAUGAAAGUCUUCUCUCCCGUCAAAAAGCGCGUCAGAAUCGAUGGCGAACUCGAAUUAACCCAACUUUUCAACGCGAGCUGGACAGCUCCGAUGAGAAAACCGCUAGAUUUCUAUUUGCACAUGGUUCUCCGGCGAAUCAUUCACCGCCAAAGCCGGCAGAAGAUGAAGGACCGGAUCAGAAGAGAGAAGGGAACCGAGAAGAACGAAAUCGACCCCCAUUUGCUCAAAAUCUUGAGAAAGCAUUUAAUGUCUGCCCAGGUUUCAACGAAUACAUGA